CAAAAUUGCAAAGCAACACCCUUUGACCAGUCGUAGAAUUUGGAUUUUGCACACCCAUUCAAAUCGAACCGGAUCCAUGCUCCCCUGCCAGGCUACCACCCCCAUUCCAUUUUUGCAAUUUCAAUCGGUCCAAAGUAGGUCGCCAAUGUCAAAACACUCCAACCUUAACUAGCAGGUCCUCAUCGCAUCAGCCUCAGGACUCCGUCUGUUCUAAAAUCUAUCGGUAUAUACAACACAUAAUCGUUUAGUAACCAAUAAUGGGAGAAUUUGUGGCACUCUCACAAUCCUCCAUACUACUUCCUGAUUUCCGGGUCCAAGGUUGGUGCCAAAGGCAGCUUUUUCUAGGUCAUCAUCAAGCACCAUCAGUAAUGCCCUUGUCAUUGCAAGUUCUGACUAAGGCGAAGAGAUCACUUCUUGAGUUGCCUACACAGUCUACACGUAUUUGCACUCAUGAAAACAGAUUCAAGUGGGGCGUCCGUGCUGGUGUUGUCUCUGACUUUAAGGCUGCGUCCAACUUUGCUACUGAUUCAGCUGAAGUAGGGCAUGAUGUUUUACCAGAUUCUGGUGGUAAUGGUGCUGGAGAUGUCCCUAAUGGUGGUUCAAAUGACAAUGGAGGUCAUGGCGGUAAUGAUGAUGGUGGUAAUGAAGGGGAAUCAGAACACAGCAAAAGGAAAGCAGGUCUUUCCAUGUCACAGAAGUUGACUCUGGGGUUUGCUUUCUUGGUUGGGGCUGGUGGAGUGAUGGGCUUUUUGAAGAGUGGGAGCCAAAAAUCAUUGAUCGCUGGUGGAGUUUCUGCCUCACUUUUGUAUUGUGUCUACACCAUGCUUCCAACAAACCCUGUUCUUGCAUCAUGCAUAGGCUUUGUCCUCUCUGCUGGGCUUUUGGGUGUAAUGGGCUCUCGCUUUAUGACAUCAAAGAAGGUCUUUCCCGCUGGUAUUGUCUCCUUGGUUUCCCUUGUUAUGACAGGCGGAUAUCUACAUGGAAUCUUUCGUAGUGUGCAUUAGAAUAGAUGAAAUUGUACGCUGGGCUCUUCUCUUUAUUGAAACAAUGUUAGUAAUAUGCCAACAGUUGUACUAGUUAAUUAUAGACUUCCUGAAGUGCAAAGAACCUACUCUAUUUCCAUCUUAUACCAUCUUUUUCGAACAAGUCUAUGCAUAUGGUUUGUUUUUUGGGGCUCUCCGUAAUAAUUUUUGAACAAGAAAUGUAAUUUUUGCCGCAAAGACUACUUCCUUCAGUCUCAGACCAGGGCUUGGUUUGGCAUAUUGUAGUGUGGCUGGUUUAGAACAAAAGCCAAGU